AUGCUGGGCAGGGGAGGCUCAGGCUUCGACUGGAUGGCACACACGGUCUGUGCGUGGAGAGCUCACCAUGAAUUGGUUCCAGUAGAGUCGUUGGGCUUACAGGGAAUGCUCAGGUGUUGGCUGGAUGGCACACAGCGUCUGUGCGGAGUGGGCGCGGAGGAGUUUGGCCUCGACACGAACGGUUGCCUGUGCAACAGGUGGAAAACUUGUAGGCACCCAAUUUGGGUGCCUGAAGGCCACUGGCUCUCCGUGAUGGAGGCGGUGCCAGAGAUUGAGCCCCCCUGGCCUUCCUUUCGAGAGGAUUUUGUGGGCAUCCAAUUUUGGCGCGCAUACCUGGUCGUGGGUACUCCGAUUAUUCUGGGGAUUGGCUGA